AAAUUGAGAACCGAUCCCUGAGCGCGAGCGCCACUCCCUUCUUCCUCCUCUUCCAUCCCUCCUCUGUUCUUCCUGCUUACGCCCUAAUCUAGACCUUCCGUUUUCGCUCUCUCUCUCUCUCUCUCUCUCUCUCUCUCUCCCUCUGUGCCGUGGAGCUCGACUAGCGGCACCGCUUCCGACCCGAAUCCACAGCGGCGGCGGCGGCGGCGGCGGCGGCGGGGAGCCAUGAGAUCGCGGUACGCCAUGGUGUGCUCGUCGAACCAGAACCGCAGCAUGGAGGCCCACGCGCUGCUCAAGAGGGAAGGCUUCGACGUCUCGUCGUACGGCACCGGGUCCCACGUCAAGCUCCCCGGGCCCUCCCUCCGGGAGCCCAACGUCUACGACUUCGGCACCCCCUACAAGCACAUGUUCGACGAGCUCCGGCGCAAGGACCCCGAUCUCUACAAGCGCAAUGGGAUCUUGCCCAUGCUCAAAAGGAAUAUGUCUGUGAAAUUAGCACCUCAAAGAUGGCAAGAUAACUCUUCUGAUGGCCCCUUCGAUGUGGUGCUCACAUUCGAAGAGAAGGUUUUCGAUAUGGUUCUAGAAGAUCUCAACAACCGAGAGCAGAUUCUUAUGAAGACUGUACUUGUGAUUAACCUGGAGGUAAAGGAUAACCAUGAGGAGGCAGCAACUGGAGCUCAGCUUGCUUUAGAUCUUUGUCGAGAGAUAGAAGCAGCUGAGUCUUGGGAGGAAUCUAUUGAUGACAUUGUGUCUAAUUUUGAAAAGCAGAACAGGCGGAAAUUAUUAUUCAGCAUUUCCUUCUAUUGAUGACCAUGGAAGAUUGAAUCAGGCUCUCUCAUGUUUUUACGCCUUUGCUCAAUCUUGGUAUUCACAGUCCACACCAAUUGUUGGGUUUAAUGAGCACUUUCCUUGACUUCUCGUUAGUGAUAACUCUGCAUCGAUGUGGAAAAGAAACUGAGUCGAACACUUUUCUAUUCGCUUUAUCUCUGGAAUGUCGACCCAUGAUGAUGUAUUAGUAAUUAGAAGCAAGCCAGUCUUUGCUUAGGAGUGAAAAUUCUAUUAUUUUUCUGUAAUUUUUUUUUUUUAAUUUUUCUUUGUACUACAGAACUAAUUCUGCGAUGGUACUCACGUUGAGAGAGCAGGAAGAAAAGAGAUUCUGGCAUAUUGCAUAUGAUUUCUUCGUCUGCAACAUGUUGGAAACUGCCUCUAUUUUCAAUUUUCUGUAUCUUGCAUAUGAGAAGAAAAGCAAGAGAACAGAACCAACCUGACCUGGUCAGUCAUUUGAUGUUCGGUUCUCUAUUUGUGGCAGGUUCAAAGUUCAA